CCCAGCUUGUUUCAGUCCUAGGGAAGAUUGGGAUGUGCAGGGCUGGGAGGACACAAGGUGAGCCAGCAGCUGCUUAGGAGCUCCUUAGGAUGCUCUCAGAGACGGGGAGGUGCUGGGACCUGCGGCUCUUGGCCCCAGGUGCCAUGACCCUGGUGAGGGGCUGGCUGCUGUUGUUGGCCUUUAACAUAGACCUAGCUCAGAAGAAUCUGGAAGAGGUGCCAGUGCAGCCAGACUUUGAUGCACAUAAGGUGGAAGGACGUUGGCUUACCAUCCAGCUGGCCACGAACCACAGACACCUGGUGUUGCCCACUGACCCCCUAAGACUUUCUCUCCACUCCAUUCGGACCAGAGACAGUGGGGAUGUGGACUUUGUGCUGUUUGAGAAAGGAGACGGGGUAUGCACAGGAAUAAAUGUUACCGUCCAUCCAACGGGGCUCCAGGGCCAGUACCAAAGAACCUUUGAGGGUGGCAGCAUGCAUGUCCAUUUCGUCAGCACCGACUACAACAGCCUUAUUCUUUAUGUACGCUUUGAGGACAACGAAGUCGUCAACUUGUGGGCACUUCUGGCCAGAAGACUGCUUGAAGAUCCUGCAUGGCUGGGGAAAUACCUGGUGAUUGUGGAGAAGUUCCACCUUCAAAAGGCCCCUGUCUUUAACAUGGCUGACCAGUGUCCCCCAAAAUAGGGCCUAGAUGAGGUCACUGCUUGAGGCUUCUUACCACC